AUGGGUUCUCGACAAAUCACAGAAAAAUCCUUAGCAAUGCUAAGGUCGCUACCUAGGAUAUCUCUAGGAAAUCUUCGAGAUAAUCCAGGAUACAAAAAGAAUCCUAAACGAGGUCGUGGUCAACAUGGAGGAGAUAAACAUGGUGCUGGAAAUAAAGGAUCUGGCCAAAGAAUGAACUACAUGAGGUUGGGUUAUGAAACCGGGAAUAAUCCAUUUUAUUUGCGAAUGCCACAGGAACACUAUUAUAGAGGACAUCAUUUUCGCCGACAGUAUCCACCAUUGUCAUUACAGGAAGUCCAACUUUUAAUUGAUAAAAAUCGUUUGGAUAUUUCAAAGCCUAUUGAUAUUGCAUCCAUAGUUAAAUCAGGUUUAUAUAAUUUUUUUCCUGAUCAAAAGCAUUUUGGUGUAAAUUUAACUGAUGAAGGAGUUGACAAUUUUGCUGCAAAAAUUAAUAUUGAAGUCCAAUGGGCGAGUGAACAAGUUAUUGCUGCUAUCGAAAGAAAUGGUGGUGUUAUAACAACUGCUUACUAUGAUCCACACAGCCUCUUUCUACUAAAGGAUCCAAAGCAAUUUUUUGAAAAUGGACAGUCAAUACCUAGGAGAAUGAUUCCCCCACCAGAUGCAAUAGAGUAUUAUACAAGUGCAAAAAACAGAGGAUAUUUGGCUGACCCUCAAGCCAUAUCACAAGACAGACUGAGGUUAGCCCAAAAAUAUGGAUAUGAAUUACCAAAGUUGGAAAAUGAUCCUAGUUAUGAAAUGUUGUGUGAAAGGAAAGACCCAAGACAAAUAUUCUAUGGCUUAGAUCCAGGCUGGGUAAUCAACCUGAAAGACCAAUGCAUCCUUAAACCUAAAGAUGAAGAAUUGCUCAGAUUUUUUGCUUCAUAA